AUUAGUGCCGCCUGUGGGCCUCAGCCUCUGUCAUUCCCGAGCGGAUUGUUUGUUGUCAAAAUGGAGUUCUUACUUGGAAAUCCGUACAGCACUCCCGUGGGCCAGUGUAUAGAGAGGGCCACAGAUGGAGGCCUGCAGAAUGAGGACUGGACCCUUAACAUGGAGAUCUGUGAUAUCAUAAAUGAGACGGAAGAGGGGCCAAAAGAUGCCAUGCGGGCACUGAAAAAGAGACUUAGUGGCAACAAGAAUUACAGAGAAGUGAUGCUGGCGCUAACGGUAGUAGAAACAUGUGUAAAGAACUGCGGUCACAGGUUUCAUGUCCAGGUGGCCAACAGAGAUUUCAUUGAUGGUGUGUUGGUCAAAAUCAUCUCCCCCAAAAACAACCCUCCAACCAUCGUACAAGACAAAGUGCUGGCACUAAUACAGGCCUGGGCUGAUGCCUUCAGGAGUAGCCCUGAUCUGACUGGUGUGGUCCACAUUUAUGAGGAGCUGAAGAGGAAAGGCAUCGAGUUCCCAAUGGCAGAUCUGGAUGCCUUGUCUCCCAUCCACACACCUCAGAGGGGUACACCAGAGGUUGACCCAGCCAUGAUCAAGUACCUAGCUCCGGCCUCUCCUGCUGCUGGGACUCCUAAACCUUCCCCGAGCCCUCCCUCCAUCACACAGGAGCCCCAGAUGCCCAGCCCCAUCACGGCCACCCCUGAACAGAUCGCCCAGCUGCGCAGUGAGCUGGACGUAGUGAGAGGAAACACCAAAGUGAUGUCAGAGAUGCUAACAGAGAUGGUGCCUGGCCAGGAAGACCCCUCUGACUUAGAACUGCUUCAGGAGCUCAACAGAACAUGCAGGGCUAUGCAGCAGAGAGUGGUUGAGCUCAUUUCACGCGUCUCUAACGAGGAGGUGACCGAGGAGCUGCUACACGUCAACGACGACCUCAACAACAUUUUCCUCAGAUAUGAGAGGUACGAGAGGUACAGGUCGGGCAGAGCUGCGCAGAACAAUGGGACGUUGAAUGAAGCCACGGAGGACAACCUGAUAGACCUGGGCCCGGGGUCCCCGGCCGUGGUCACGCCCAGGAUCACCUCCAGCCCCCAAGCCCACUCCCCCGCUGGGGCCACUGCCUCCCCAGCCCAUAACCCCGCCGCAGCCUCGCUGUCCACUGCACUAGCUGGUCUCGAUGUGGCUUCAGACAGCGUGAGCGGUACCUUGUCCUCUCUACCAAGCCGCAACCAGGAUGAUUUUGACAUGUUUGCCCAGACCAGGAGCAGCUCUCUGGCUGACCAGCGCAAAAAUGUUAAGUAUGAGGACCCUCAGGCCCUGGGCGGCCUGGCCUCGGCUCUGGAUGUGAGACAGCAGAACACAGGAGGGCUGAGGGUAAAAGGGGAUGAUAACCCAGCAGAUCAGGAGCUGCCCAUAGACAGCUGGCUUAUUACCCAAGGAAUGAUCCCCGUUUCGCAGUCCUCUGUCAUGGAUGACAUAGAGGAGUGGCUCUGUGCUGACGUGAAAGGAGAUGCCGCAGAGGAAGGGGUGACCAGUGAAGAGUUUGAUAAGUUCCUGGAGGAGCGAGCGAAGGUCGCAGACACUCUGCCAUCUCCCCCUGGAGCUAACCCUGCUCACCCAGCCCGUGCCCCCGGUGGCUCCCAAAAGAAAGCUGAACGGACGGAGGAUGCCCUCUUUGCCUUGUAGACUGUCCUCAGAGGACCUCGCUCUCUUCUCCAGGGCAUCCAAAGGUCCUCGCCCUACAUGAUUCCUCUCAAACAGUCCUUCCAGUCCCAUUUCAUCGCUGACUGGCAGUGGUGUAGCAAGUGAUCUCCACGUUGUCGCCAUUCUCUCGUCACCGUGUUGCUCUAACAUGCAGAGGUCCAACAUGUUUACUGCGCACACCUGUGUUGCGUUUUACUAUAUAUGGCUGUAUUAAUCUGUUAGUGUUGGAUGUAUUACUCGCAGCCCCGCAUCACCAAAGGAAGACAACUCGUCUGAUGUGGUUUCAAAAUGUGGUGUAUUACUGCAAGAUCAUGGAAAAACUUCACUGCAUUGAGUCAGAACGGAAGAAUAAAAUUAGGAUUAUAUCGUGCUGUUUAACUACAUUCAGCUAAUUGCUAAUUUAUGCAUUUAUUGUUUUGUUCUGUACUGUGUACUAGCGCUGUGCUUAUGGUCGCUCCGUGCAAUUUUUUUCGUUUUCACAAAUACUCCACUUAGAGCUCCAGUCGUGCUUCUAAUACUGAGAUAUGUGUGGAAUAGCAACAGGUUUUAUUACCCAAUUUGCCUGCAGCAGUGUGAAGACUUGUGUUAGCAGGCUAACUUUGCUAACUUGGAUUAUAAUAGCUAAAUAAUAGCUAAUGUUGAUGAGAGUAUGCCAGCAUUCCUUUAACCAAAGGGAGUAAGAACAAAAAAAUCUAAAAAGCACUACUUAGAAUUCUCUGUGAUAUAUUUCGAAUGGCCAAGGGGAAGGAAUCUGUCCAUGGGGUAUUUCACAUACGUCUAUUCAAGCUACAACAAAUUAGCAAAGGAAAAGUUUUAGCCAUUCCAAAGAAUAUUGAGGCUUUAAUGACCAACCAUCACUGAAUUUUACCUGUCUAACAACAAUCACGUUCAUGUGUUAGGAACAUUAAGGGAUCAUGAACAUUUUCCUUCCCUGGCUACAUCAAUGUCUGAGGACUUUGAAGCAAAAUGAAAUCUGUAUUUUUCUUUUAUGUUCAUAAGAUGGAUACUAUUUUUCUAGGGGAUGGGAAAUGACAACAUUUUGCACAUAAGUUCUCUAACUGUGUGACUGCAGUGUGCGUUCACACAUCAGUUUGAUUGGUGGACUGUUAAAAUUAGGAUUGUUCAAAACUUUAAGAAUUACGUAAAGAUGCAAGACAAACUAUGGCAUUCAAAAUAUCAACAUGACUUAGCGCUGUCACCGUAAUUAACUACAAAACAAAAUGUAUACAGUGAUGCACUGUUGUAAAGGAUGUAUUCAUAUAGGAGGUAGCUCUUCACUUACUCUACUAUGUAAUCUAUAUACCUCAAAGUACAGGGAUUUUAGUUUCUGUAUUUGGAUAAAAAUGUAUUGGCUCAUAGUAAUAUCAAGACGACAGAGAGGUUUAUGUAUUAUUUGAUCCCCGAUUGUAUUUUUAUAGUUCAUGUAAAAAGGAGAAGAAAAAAAACAUCUUUGUAGCCAUCAUCAUAGAUCUUUUUGUGGUUAAUACUGAAGCAUGCAGCAAACAAACACACUGUACUUCCUUUGAUCUGUGCAGUCAAAGAUGUACUUUCAUACUUUGGUGUAUUUUCAUUCUGCUAUGAUUCAUCUGCUCUUGGUGGAGCCGCUGCCAAGCAUUUUUCUGUGAUUGACCGAUUUCUGCAAAGUAGCUCCGAUUUGUCUUUGGUGUUGUUGCACUUUGAGGCAAAAAGCAAUCCUGUCUUCAUUCCAGCUCCUUUGCUGAGGCACUGGUUUGUUUUAACAUUGCUCUGCACUUGAAAGAUUUUUUUUUUCUUCCUUUCAGUCCAUUUAAGACCAAAAGCCUUGUCAGUGGAGCUAAUCAAGCCUAAUCUUGCAUCAAAUUUACUUGUUGAAUUACCCUUCAUCAGUACAGGCCUACCGCUAUAGGGAAAUAUAUAAUUGUUCUUAACGUAAAUGCAAUGCAGACGUUGAAAAAUUGUGUCUACAUAAUCAUGUUGACUAAAUAUUUAAAUAUAAUUUAGUUGAGGAUAAUUAAUGAUUAAUGAGCUUUAACUUUUUUUAAUGCUGUAUGGUUAUAUAGUAUGGUUGCCAGGUAACUGAGAUAAUAGCGUUCAAUUUACAAUCAGCCAUUGUGUUCACUUUGAAAACUUUUACCUUGCAGGCUGCACAAAGAGGAAAACUAAAAAUGUAAGAGAUCCUUUCAAAAGGGAACUUGAGUAUUUUUUCUGUUUGUGUGUGUUACAUAUCUCUGGGUCCGUAACAGAGUGUAUUGUGUUAAUGCUUUUAUGAGGCUUACGUCCUUAAUGCAACAUGUAUUCCUCGGAAUUUCUGGCUAUUUCAAAAACAGUUACUGAAUGUCUUUUAAUACUGAUGAAGCAGAACAUUUCGCUGAUGUUUUGUGGACAUGGAAGAGGGGCUUGUUGUCUGUCGGCGGGUGUCCCAUUACUAAUGGUCAGAAUUUUGUUCGACCUAAUGCACGUUUGUAACUGCCCAAUAAAACACUAGCAAUGUGUGACCUCUA